GGCAGCGGUCUCAUGAGUGGCGUGAGCAGGGGUUGGUGGGUGUGGCCAGCUCCAGCUUGUGACAGAGCCCUGAAACAGCUUUUUCUGGAUGGUGCUAAAAAUGUCAAAACUGCAGAAAUUGCUUUGUGUGGGAUUUUCUGAAAACAAAUUCAUAAACAUGUCUUGUAUUGAUUAUAAAACAGUUAUAACUUCCAUGUCCCAGUUAAAAGCUUCUUUGUUCUGUGCUUUUCUGCAUUUGCUCCCAUGGUGCAAAUGAUGUGUUUAAUGAGAACGGCGUCCUCAGUGCGCAUGGCAGCACUUCUCCACCUCUGCCCGGGAGAGAGAAUGUAAAGCAUGUCAUCUGAAGACAAGUGAAGGCUCACUGGAGAACUUAUCUUUCCCCCGCCAAGCACACUCGCCCGAUUUUCUGCGAGGAGCCACAUUGCCAUUUGCGUUGCGGGAUUCAGUGUGCGCACGCAAGAAAAUAUACGGCUCUCUUCUCUCCAGGACAAGGAAGCCGGUGCGCGUGAGACUUUAUUUUGGAGCGGAGCGGGAGGUUCCUGAAACGCACAGCGAAAAUGUGGAAUUUUGCAGGAGCUUAAUUGUAAUCUUUUGGGAAUGUUUUCGUUGCACGGGAUUGGAGGAAAUACUGCUGCUUGCUUCUGUUUUGCACAAAGACGCGCGUCCUGUUGGAUUUAAGCUGCAACCCACUUCACACCAACUGCAUUGCAACAAGAUGUUUGUAUGAUGAAACCAGAAAUUUCCGAACUCCUUAUUGGAGCGAUUAUCUAAAAAUAAAAUCAGCCACCAACAUUUUCACUUCUACAACUACAAUGACAGAGAGCGGUGCGCAAAGUGGUGAGGAUGUUGCGAGUGUUGCAGGAGAGUGGGACAGUGACUUCAGAAGGAUGUCCACCGACCCGUGAACGCCUCCUUCGAUGUGGAGCUGGUCGCUGUCUGACGCGCGUGUGGUGCUGAAAUUUGGAUGAUGCCUGGCCAGCGACUGCAAGGCUGCCGCUCCCUGCACUUCAACGAGGACAACGGCCGCUUCGCGCUGCUCGCCAUCCUCAUCCUGCUGUACCUGCUGUGCGGCGCUGCGGUCUUCUCGGCCAUCGAGAGGCCCUCUGAGGUGCGGGCUCACGGCCGCUGGAACGGGACGCUCCUCAACUUCAGCGAGACCUUCAACAUCAGCCUGCAGGACCUUAACUCUUUCCUGCGGGAAUACGAGGCUGCCAUCAACGCCGGGAUCCGCGCCGACGCUCUCAGACCAAGAUGGGAUUUUACUGGAGCUUUUUAUUUCGUUGGAACUGUGGUGUCGACAAUAGGUUUUGGAAUGACAACACCUGUGACGAUUGCAGGCAAGGUGUUCCUGAUCUUUUACGGUCUUCUGGGCUGCGCUGCUACCAUCCUCUUCUUUAACCUCUUCCUGGAGCGCAUCAUCACACUUCUGGCCGUGGUGAUGAAGGCCGUGAGGGAGCGGCGAAUCAGGAACAGCGGUCUGCUACCUCCAGGUAUCCGCCACGACUUCUCGGCCUACUCCCUCCCCGGAUGGAAGCCGUCCGUGUACCAUGUGAUGCUGAUCCUCGGCCUUUCGGCCAUCACCAUUUCCUGCUGCGCGUCAGCCAUGUACAGCCCUGUGGAGGGUUGGGCUUACUUGGACUCGCUCUACUUCUGCUUCGUCACCUUCAGCACCAUUGGCUUUGGAGACUUCGUCAGCAGCCAGGGCGCUGCUUAUGAAUACCAAAGCCUCUACAGGGUGGUGAAUUUUUUCUUCAUUCUAAUGGGUGUGUGCUGCAUCUACUCACUCUUCAACGUCAUUUCUAUCGUCAUUAAGCAGGUGCUCAACUGGAUCCUGGAGAAAAUGAGCUGCUUAUUUUGCCAGCGUUGCCAUAAGGCCAAUGCCUUCCUUGGCAGACGUAAUGCCAUACGCCCGGGUUCCAGGGGUCGCCAGGGUCGAUUAGACCAGCAGCCUGACUCAGACGGGCCUUGUGAUAGCGACACUGAGGGACGGAGGCUGUCUGGGGAAAUGAUCUCUAUGAAAGACUUAGCGGCUUCUAGCAAGGUGUCACUGGCCAUCAUGCAGAAGCAGCUGUCAGAGUCGGCCAACGGAUACCCCAGGACAGUCUGCGGUAGCUCGCGCCAUAACGGUUUCUCUGGGGGGGUCGGGGCACUGGGGAUCAUGAACAACAGGCUGGCAGAGACGAGUAACUCCAGGUAGAGGGGUUCAGAGAUGCAGAAAUCAAGACUAAAGCUCUUGUCACAGCUUUUUGAAAAGGGGCUGUUAUGCAUGAAAAUGUAUUUUUAUUAGCUCUCACAGCAUGGUGACCACACAUUAUUUUAUUAUCCUCAAGGUCUCAAACCACGCAGAGCGUUGUGGUUUACUAGGAUGUCAGUGUUGGAUGCUGAUGACAUCACUUAUUUGUUUAGGAUAUCAAAUGUUUUACAACUAGGAGCCAAGAGAAUUACACAACAGUUUCUACUGUCCUGGGAUUUCUGCCAGUUUGGUUUGAAUGUAAAUACUGAAUGCUGAUACAAAGCAACUAUAACCUGCUGAAUGAUAUAGCACAUACUGAUCUAUGCAUUCUACGUCUCAUGCAUUCACACCAUCUCUCUACCUUCUUUUGAUUCUGCAAACCCUCAUUUUCUGUAUUCCAUCCUUGAGCGAUUGAUUUCUGCUCUGGAUCCGAUUUGCGAGAAGUAGACGCUGAGCUCGGCCGUGAUGUAGCUGAUUUAAGAGCGGUUGUAGUCCGGGGUGGUUUCUCAGUGCAACUAUAACAGCCCACAAAGAGUCAUUUCCUCUCGCUCAGGGUGGAGGAAAGAGCAAAGAUGAGGAAUGAAAAUCUAUUUCUUGUGAGAGAGAAGCUGGCCUUCUUAUCAGCUAAGCCCAUGUUUCAGCAGCCUGAGACGUUGACUUGAAGGGUAAACGGUCUCUCUCUCUCUCCUCUGUUUCUAAACUUAGAGUGGUCUAUGAGGAGAAGGAACACGUGUUGCAUUUUAAUGACACACUGAAUGCAGACGAAAGCAGAAUGUUCCCAAAAUGCAAAUCAUGAGAAUUUGAUUUGUGUUGAAGGGCCGAUGCACCAAACGAUAAAUCAUGCAGGAAUGAAGUUUUGUCAGAUUAAUACUUCUGAUUGUGUCUGAAAUGCUCCGGCCAGUUUCAAGCCAGGUCUGUUACUCAUGUUUUGUUUUGUAGACCAGAGAAAAGAGUGUUUUCAUGAAAAGCUGGAGGAGGUGGGCUCACCGAGGUCAAACAGUGAAAGGUUAGUUUCACUUUCAGUCUGUUUAACAUCCCCAACCUCAACAUAAUUAAGAGGGUGAAUGCGUGGUUGGGGGGGGGGGGGAAUUCACUCACUCUCUCAUCUUCCUGCAUUUCGAAUAGAAGCCAAACAUUUGUGCAGCUGAGUUUAUACCAUUUACACCUUUUUUUCAGCAGCAGGGUAGGACCGAGAUGCCGAAGAUAAAAUGAUUCCGUUACUUGCUCUGAUUUGUUUUUCCCAAGCUUACUUUUGAUUUCCGAGUGAAAAGAAGCAGUGGCAGGGUUAACUAUUUCUCCAAAAGCGUUGGAGAUUUACUGCAGAGAGAUGUUUGGUACCUGAAAGCAGCUAGACAGCGGAGCGGGGUAGUUAAGCCAUCUUUGUGACAGUGAUGAAAGAGGCAAACUAGUGAGGAGAGCUGAUGACAACAGCAGAGGGAAGUUGCGGUGACAGUAAUCGACCUCUUUCAGAUCCAAAGUUCCUGCACAUUGCAAAAUAUCGGCCAAGAGUUCAGCCACCGCAGCCAUCCAUCUUCAGCUUCUAAGCCCACCCUCCUCUCAUUCUCUGUCAUUUCUGCAUUUACUUUACAUGCACUGCAGCAAAUUCCUCCUGCUUCCUUCUCCUCGCAGAUCUCUGCUCUGUCUCCUCGCCCUUACACUGUGAAUAACAGACAUGUCAUUAAUAUACUGUAUAUUAAUGUAAGAAACGGAAUGUCUUUAAGGGACUUUUUACACUUAGGAGUUAAACCUGGAGCUAUUUUUGGCUGGUUUUAGUGCAUAGAUCGGAAAUCGUUUAGUUGAGUCUGACUAAGACGAAUAGAGAAGAUGACUCAGGUAGUUAAAUCUUCAGGCCUGUCUUUGUUUUUUGUUUUUGUUUUUUCUGCAUGCCAUUAUGGUAAAGCCAUGGCUGUAAAUACAACAGAGUACUCUUUAAAAUCUAUUUUUCUACAUAUAGCUUUCAAAUAUCUACACAUAGAUGGCUGAAGAAGUUACACAGCAGGCUGUAAAACGUAGAAGAUGCUCGGAAACAAGCAUGUGUAUGACGUAAACAAAGCUAGAUAAUACUACUCAUUACCUAGUCACGUUUUAUGUCGGAAACACGGUUAUCAUCAAACUCUCUACCGAGAAUCAGCCGGAGAUUUUCCCCAACACAUCUGUUCAUUCCUUCAGCUGUUUCUAGUGGAGCAUACUGCAGCAGAAUCAGGAAGACUCACGCUUCUCUCACAUACUGGAAUGAAAAUAAAAUGAGCAUGCUUUACCAAAUGAUAUUCUGAAUUCAAAAAGAGUGUCCCUGCUGUAAAUGGUCUCCAAGAGUUGAACGGAGGUGGAUUGCCGCCACUUCACUUUAGAAUAAUCAAUCCUGGACAGGGUUUGGUGUGAAUCCUCACUUUUUUCACUUAGACAGGUGGAGGUUUCAGGAGUUUUAUGUAAAGCUAUAAAACCAGCUGCUCUGUAUCCUUAACCUUACUUUCCACGAGCAUUUGCAUACAAUUGUGCAUUCAAGCUACACAAAAAUAACUGAGAAGUAAAAAUGAAAGAGUUUUACGGAUCUUAUUUGCUUCAUUAAAUAAGUAUAUACCGGUAAUUUAGACAUUGAAUUGUUAUUUUAAGUAAUAAAAAAUGUGUGUCUUGCUUAAUUAAGCAAUUGUCUUACAGAACUCACUCUAUCAUGUGCAGUAUUAAUUUUUAAAGAUCAUUGUGUGUGUCAUAUUGCAGCAGGGGUCUGCAACCUGUCACCCAGGAGCCACACGUGGCUUCUUUAGAAAGAAAAAAAAAACAUGUCCUAGUUAUCUGCAUGGAAGGGGUGAGACCUAAAAUUUGCAACCAAAGGUUUUCCACUUUUGGAGUUGAAGAAUUUCUGGAAGGGGAAUAAGGUGACAGAAAAUACAAUGGCUGUCCUUUCAGGCGUUGUGGUGAUAUUUAAAUUGGCCCUUUAGGGACUUUGCUAAGACGUCAGUACAUCGUAACGUUUCAGCAUAGAGUGACUUAUCAGCGCCAAAAGGCAUCCACGGACAAUAACAGCAUUGCAAGUAUUAUUCUGUCAAAGUGCGCCAUAAUUUAAUCCAUCCAGGGGACGGGGAGAGCAGCUGUGUGACGGGGAGAGCAGCUGUGUGACGUGGAAAGCUGCGUUCAAUGACAAGUUUCAUCAUUUUUUACAGCGCUCUGUAGGAAACCACAAACGGAGUAAAUCACAGUGCGGUGGGGGGAUCCCGCCACAUUUUUUUGCAUUGGGAGGUUUGAAACUAAAAUUUUAAAGAGACUAUGUGUAGUUUUUACCAUUAAUCUCUGGAAAUAUCCAUCAAAAUGUUGUUGAAAAUGAAGUAAAUGAAGCCCAGUUGUUGAAAAAUAUUGGCAGCUUUGUAACAGAAAUUAAAAAUCUGGUCUAAAAUACAAAGGAGUGGGUCUAAGUCUCUGGGCGACGCCAUAUUAGACGCCAUGUUUCCUUAUACGGGAGCCCGUGAGGACCAAAUGCAUUUACUGAUUUGUAGGAAGUGGUUACAAAACCUUCGCCAUUCAUAAACGUUGUUUUACACAUUUGCCUCUUCACUCGUUGUCAGUGAUGAAAGAGAGUCUGGAGUGUUUGUCAUUUUGCUGGAGGUUGUGCUCUCAGGGAUUUUUGACCCUAAUGGCCAUCCGUUGGGAAGGUCUUAAUCGAACACAACAAUACUGCUUGCUUGCAAUGAUUUUGGUAAGUACUGCCCCCUAUUGCUAGAGAAAAUACACAUAGUCACUUUAAGGCAGUGUAAACGCUACUUUUUAUUUUUCUUCUUUCCAUUCUGCUUCACCAGCUCCUACUGAGUCACAACCAAUUAGCACAAGCUAACAAGUACCGCCCAUUGACCCUACCAGGUUCAGGUACUGGAUUGGUUCUUGAAAGGUCACGUAAAAUGGUUAUUUCGGACUGCCCCAGUGAAAUGGAGACAUGCAAAUACCACAAAGGGCUGGUAAAAUUUCUCAGAAAUUCCAGUAGUGGACACGGGUCUCGUGCCGGGAUUGCACUUGGUUGUCUAGUAGUUAUUUACAGUACUUCAACCCCAGAUUUCUUCUGUUUUUCCUUUUUUAGUCACUCAGAAGUAUCAGAUGAAAAAUACAGUUUUCAAAUGACAAACAUCAUACAUAGAAGCAAAUUUGGAAAACAAAUUAGCUUAAAACAUUUUUUAAUGUCUAUUGACAACCUUUUAACAUAGUAUAGCCAUAAAUAUAUUGUGAAAAAAAUCAAUAAAAUGGUUCUCUUGCAUGGGCUGCACAGUGGCCAGUGCUGUUGCUUUGCAGCAGAGCACUUGCCCAGAGAUCACUGGAGAUAGGGGCAAGUGGGUAGAGACAAUAGAUGGAUGGAUAGGUUCUCUUACAUUUGUCUAAAAACCUCCGCCAGUGCCCCAUUUUGGACCGAAAGAAACUAUUGUACCAUCUGAUUGUCGGUCUCGCCGAACCGCUACACUCCCACACUGGGUCCUCCAUUCAUUAUGCACUUGUGUAUUUAGCAGCAGAACACCACUGGUGUGAGAGGUUCGCAGCUCAAUAAUGUCAGAGAAGGAGAAACAGUGUUGACACUGUUGAAGAAGAUGGAAAAACAUUAUUUUUCUACAUAAAGGACUUAAGUACCUCUACCUGUUCUUGACUCAAAGAAAAGCCCAAGUCUAAAGUUGAUGCCAAAGCCGUUCCAAACGAGCCGUCGCCAUCUUAGUUGUUCCACAGCUGCAUCAUUUCACCCUUCAAACCAAAAGAGUUCUGCGACUGGCCCACCAAGAGUGUUGGAAAUGGCAAGACACAAGACUGCUCGGGUCUGCUGAGGCACCAAUGGAGCGUGGCUAGACACACCUGUAAGGAAAAGGAUUUGAUUUUUUUUUUUUUGACUGUGUAUGGAUAACUGCCGUGUUAACUGACAUCCGAAUGGGGAGCCUAAGUCACGCCCAUCUACUUACGGACCAUGGGUCCCCAGAAGAAUGAAAAGAUGAAUGCAAGUCAGUGAGGCUAAAAAUGCUAUUUUCUAAUUCCGCUUGUUUUGUGCCAUGGAUUUCACAUAUGAUGUCCGUGAAUUUUAUAGACACAUUUUGAUACCAAAAAUGUGUUUAUUUUCGAACAGGGGGAAAUGCUAUUUUAGGUUUUGUGUGAAAAUAACUCCAGCACUACAAAUGCGCUUCACGAAAGUGACGUCAUUGAACCAGACACGGAGAAAACUGAGGGAAAAGGGCUGUAAGUUCAGCAAACUUCCCACAGAAGGAAAGAACCACCAUAAAUCUGGUCAUCUGGUAAGUAGCAGCUACUUUGGGGAGAGGAGAUUAUGUGAUGACGUCACAUAUGCAACGUGCCAGUUUCUGGUGUGUAGUUAUGCUAAUUACGAACUAUUACAAGCUGAUAAAUCUCAAAGUACGUGACUGGCGUGGUUGAAACACUCAUCAUUACUUUUCAUUUAAAUUGCAGUACAACAUAUGUGCGAUCCAGGGCGUAAGGCAAAGCGGAUUAGAAAAUAGCACUUUUAGCCCCGUUGACUUGUAUUCAAUUUUUUGUUCUUCCGGAGACCCAAGAGCCGACCGGAAAGGGAGGAGACUUAGGCUCCCUAUAUGUCACCCCGUUUGUGGUCCAAUAGCAUGUGGAGACAGUUUGAAAGACAGAGGUAGAUUCCACCCCAACUUCACCAUGUGGGUCGUGGACAGACUAAAUAUUCACAUAUAUAGGAUGGAUUGCCAAGCUAGCAUACCUCUAACACACCUCUAGCAUAGCAUACCUCUAAAAACAACAUUGUACCAACAGUUUAGGAGAUUCAGAACUAGUUGCUAUAAUUGAAGGAACCAGCAGAAAAUCCUGAAGGACAGCGUCUGACCUUUCACUUUAAACAGGACAUUCAUGCUGGAAAUCCCUCCAAUGAGGUUGAAAUCAAACAGUUCUGUUGAGAAGAGGAGGACGAAUCCCUCCAUAGCAGCACGAGAGACUGAUUGUCAAUUAUCACAAACGCUUGAUCAUAGGGUGCUACACCAUGUUAUUAGGUUUAAGGGCCUUUUUUUCACAGAGCCAGCUUGGAUUGGAAAACUUCUUGAACCUAACAAGUAGCAUGUUCAUAUGAAAACGAUAUUUUACAAUAACAAAGGUUAUUUUUAUCUGACAUUUUAAUUUGUUUGACAAAGUAGCAAAAAAAGAAGAAAUCUCUAAUAGGGCAAAUACUUUUUCAUAGGACUAUACACAUAUGAACGCAUACAGUUAGGUAGAAAAAAUUAUAAUCUCACAAUGAAAUAUAAACUACAGUUGACAUAGUCAGAGUAAUGAAUAUUCUGGGUCCUAAGGAGAUUGUGUGGGGCAAUACAAUUCAUAUAUCGCAGGAAAUAUGAUUAAAAUGACUUUUUAAUAGGAACGGUUACAGACCUCUUUAUUAACAAAUUCUUUUGCACUUUGCAAAGUUGAUCUCCAUUGAUUGCAAUGGUUUUUACAGCCUCUUCUUUAAGAGGAAACAGGUGGUUUUAGAAGUGUAUGUACUUGUUUAGGUGUACUGCGUUGAUUCAUGUCAUCAUCAAGCCCGACCAUGGACCAGAAAGGUACAAAAUUCAAACUUGUGGAAUGUCUUUGUGAGCGAAGCAGACUCACACCACAGAAGUGCCAGGUAAAGUCACGUUUUCAGGGUUGAUUUAAGCUCAAACUGUUGAAAUGACCUCAUACAGCGUUUAUUUUGCUGUAAACACUGUAUUCACAUUGCUCUGUGGGCAACAGCUCUUCAUUAAAAUGUCACGCUGACUCGGCAAGCCCAAUAAUAAAACAAUAUGUCGUAAAAAUAAAAAAGUGAAGCUUUUGUUAGCGUGUAAUUUGUGGAUGUGGUUGAUGGUGCCGUGGCACAGUUAUUUUUUAGCAUAUUUCUCCAUAAUCACAGUGUGAUGCAUACCACUUAGCUCGCUGUGUUUUUCUGCAAAGAAAGAACAUUUCUCCAUAUUUUUUGACUGUUAAAGCGGCUUGUUGAAUGAUCAAACUGUAUUUGAGUUCAUUUGGCUAAAACAUGCAGAAAAUUUGUGAUAUUUGCCAAACUAUGAAGUAUUUUUUUACUUUUUUUGGCUGAUCAAAACUUUAAAAAGAGUUUUUGUUUGAAUUUUAAGGCUGCAUCGUGUAUCAUUUCUGUUGACCUGUUUACAUAAUCCCACAUCUCUGUGUGUCUCAUGUUGCUUGCAUCUUGUUGUAAAAUCCAGUUAAUGUAUGCAAAUGAAUUCAGUUUGCAAGUUGCACAUUUACACAAAUGAUUGUACUUUUACAUUUAUGUAAUGAAAGGUUUAUGAGACAAGAAGGCGCUCCAUUAAACAGUAAUAAUUACUGA